AUGGUGUCGCUAAUUCUGUUGUGCUUAUGCUUUUCAGUUGUCAACUCGGAGUUGAUAGCUUCUCAAAUUGUAAGUAUUCAUCUGUUACCUAUUUACAAAUCGUGUUAACAGUUUAACCGUCAUGGCCAACGAUUUCCUACCACUUUUGUUCACUUUCCGACCGAAGGAGAUGUGAAAGAAGACAAAACUUACGAACCAGGAGAGCUGACUGAAAAGGGAAUCAAUCAGGAGUACCAACUGGGACUCAACUUGAGGCAGUAUUAUGGAGGUCUAUUAGGUAAUGUCUACCGACCGUCAGAGUUGCGAGUAUUCGCUGGAAAUGAUAACAGAACAAUCACAAGUGCUCAACUUUUGUUGGCCGGACUGUUUCCACCAAAGACCAGUCAAGUAUGGAAUGACAAGUUGUUGUGGCAACCGAUUCCAGUACAUACUCAACCCAUUCUUGACCAGGUAUUCAUGUUUUAGUCAGAUUUAUUGUUUUAGGUAUUAUAUCUGUUUUUACUCUCUAAUUUUAGGUAUCUUUUGGAGCACUGGAUUACUGUCCGGACUUCAAAAAAACUCUGGUGAAUAGUACUGAAAAUCUAAAGUUUUUGGAUUCAAUCAGACCAAUGAUCGAGGAGCUACAGAACUUGACGGGGAUCAACAUUACUGAUUUAGAUGUUCUACAGAAAGUGACCGAUGCUAUUAUAACUCGAAAUGACAUUCCGGAACUGGUUCCAUUGCCUGACUGGGCUGAUGAAUCGCUGGUCUCGUAUUGGGAGAAGAAGCGAAACGAAUUUCACAGAAGAUUUGUGACGUCGAUGAAAGAUUCUACUGGAGGUUGGCACUUCAACCAGCUCAUCUCUCAAUUCGAUGCCAUUUUGAACAACAGUACAAAACACAAGUUCAUUGUGUAUUCUGGGCACGACACUAAUAUAAUGACACUGGGUAUCUACCUCAACAUUUCGAUCAUCAACCAAGAAUUGCAGCCGGUUUCAAGUUACUUGGCGUUUGAUUUGUCAAAGGAAGGCAAGCAGAAGAUCAUCAGAGUAGGUGAUUGAGGUUUUUAAUUCUGAUUUUAAGGCUUUUUUGCACAACAAACUAAAUGGAUCCAGGGUCCACUUGAACAUCACUGGGUGUCCUGAACCUUGUAUAUACAGUGAGUUCAAGAGACUGGGACAACCUAUGGACACUCUCAAGUUUACCUCUAUUUGUCUGGGACAAGAUAUUACGAUUGGCGAUGAUCAAACAGUAUUAUAUGGAAUCAUUUCGAGUAAGGCAUCGCUUUUAAACUAGUUUUAUUGUUAGUGCAACUUUAAAUUAGUACUAGUUUAUUUUACUACAUUUCUUAAAGGUUUGUUGAUUGUGGUGACGAUUCUGCUUGGCGCGGUAAUGAUUUUAUUGUUCAUGUCAAGGAGAACAUGGAAGAAAAGAUAUCAUAGAUUGGCCAAGGAAGAGAGAAGACCUUUGUUGCAUCAACAAAACCAAGCUUAG